CACAGUGGCAGGUGGAAUGGCAGCGGGUGGAUGUGUCAAGAUCGUCGAAUCUGUUUCUGGUGAACCGCUACGAUAGAACCGAACGCGAAAAGUUAUCUGGAUCGGCGUUCAUAAACGCGGAGAAAAAUUCAUUGACGCCAAGAUAUACAACAAUACUCUGCCAUGUCUACCUCCGCGAUCUACAUUCUGGAUGUCAAGGGAAAGGUCCUGAUAUCCAGGAACUAUCGAGGGGACAUUGAAACUGGGGUGAUAGAAAAGUUUAUGCCUUUGGUGAUGGAGCGGGAAGAAGAGGGAAACCUCACACCUAUCAUUCAAACCUCCGAAUGUACUUAUUCCUACAUAAAGUACAACAACUUGUACAUCGUCUCAACGACUAGGAAAAAUGCCAACAUUUCCCUAGUAUUUGUAUUCCUCCACAAAGUCGUUCAAGUGAUGCAGGAAUAUUUCAAAGAACUGGAGGAAGAGAGUAUCAGAGACAAUUUUGUCGUGAUUUAUGAGCUGUUGGACGAGUUACUAGAUUUUGGUUACCCUCAGACAACGGACAGUAAAAUUCUCCAGGAGUAUAUUACCCAGGAGGGGCACAAGCUCGAAAUACAACCGAGAAUUCCCAUGGCUGUGACGAACGCCGUGUCCUGGCGAUCGGAGGGGAUAAAAUACCGCAAGAACGAAGUGUUUCUCGAUGUGAUCGAGUCCGUGAAUCUUCUGGCGAACGCGAACGGGAACGUACUGAGCAGCGAGAUCGUCGGGGCUAUCAAAAUGAGAGUUUACCUAUCCGGAAUGCCAGAGCUUCGUUUGGGUCUGAACGACAAAGUUUUGUUCGAGUCCACGGGUCGCGGGAAAUCGAAAUCGGUCGAACUCGAGGACGUCAAAUUUCACCAGUGCGUCCGUCUCUCGAGGUUCGAAAACGACCGGACUAUCUCCUUCAUUCCCCCGGACGGAGAGUUUGAACUCAUGUCCUACCGUCUCAAUACACACGUCAAACCUCUCAUCUGGAUAGAAUCUGUGAUAGAGCGACAUGCUCACAGCAGAGUGGAGUACAUGAUCAAGGCUCGCUCGCAGUUCAAGCGUAGGUCAACAGCCAACAAUGUCGAGAUAGUGAUUCCGGUGCCAAACGACGCCGAUUCCCCAAAGUUCAAAACGACAAUUGGCAGUGUGAAAUACUCUCCGGAGCAAAGCGCGAUUACUUGGUCCAUCAAAUCAUUCCCUGGGGGCAAGGAGUACUUGAUGAGGGCACACUUUGGACUGCCUUCGGUCGUCGGGGAGGACGUCGAGGGUAAGCCCCCGAUCCAAGUAAAAUUCGAAAUUCCGUAUUUCACUACCUCCGGAAUCCAAGUGCGAUACUUGAAGAUCAUCGAAAAGAGCGGGUACCAGGCUCUGCCUUGGGUUCGUUACAUAACGCAGAACGGCGACUACCAAUUGAGAACUAAUUAACUCGACCAAGAAUAACGAUCGCGAGACGAUUUUGACCCACGCUAUGAUACACACGGCGAGAGUAUCGCUCACCCACGUAUUCACGAACUGAUAAUUUUAUAUAUCCGCGCCGCAGAGCGUUACGGAAAAACACGAUUGUACAUAAUUCAGUGAGCCGCUUCUCGUUGAGGUAAUCAGCUACACGAUUAGCUCGUCACGAGGAGGCCAUAGUAUUAAAGUUGAUCGACAAAUGCGCCGAUCGACCGUCAGCUUUGCUUAAAACCAAGCGACCGCUACUUAGCGUUUAGAGUUAUAUUAUAUUAUCCCAACCCCAUGUACGACAACGGUAACACGAAUGUGUGAAAUUUUUAUCUAGACGUUCAAAUAAACGUUAAACCGUAAAUGAA